AAGCGGGCAGCGAUGGCUGAUUCUCAAACCUGUCCCAAAUGCAAUGCAAGCAAAUACAAUAAUCCACAAUUAAGAUUGAUGGUUAAUCUUUGUGGACAUUCCUUAUGUGAAAAUUGCGUCGAAGUUCUUUUCGCGAGGGGAUCUGGUCUCUGUGUUCAAUGUAAAACUCCAAUUCGAAAAGUUAACUUUCGGUAUCAGCUAUUUGAAGACCCUACAGUUCAGAAAGAGGUUGAUAUUCGAAAGAAGGUUCUCGUUGACUUUAACAAAAGGGAAGAAGACUUCGAUACUUUGGAAGAAUACGAUGCCUAUUUGGAGUUGAUUGAAGAUAUAAUUUAUAAACUUUGCAACGAUAUUGACGUUGAUAAAACUAGAAAGUUUAUCGAGCAGUAUAAGAAAGAUAAUAAAGACAUAAUCAAGCGCAAUCGAACAAAGUUGUCCAAAUGGGCAGAGUUCUAUGAAUCUGAACUGGAACAUGAACGAGCUGAACGUGAGGCGCGUGCGGAGGCAAAGGCAGCCGAAGAUGCAGCAAAUUUGCAUCGCCGAAAGCGUCUUGUUGCAGCCGCGUCUAUUCAAGGGUUCCUUUGCGGUCCCGCAGCAGUUCCUCUUCCCGAGACAACGGCCCCUGCACCAACACUCGAAGGCACUGAGGUAACCCAUCAGCAAGUCACCUCAGAGUUACCUUCGGUACCUCCAUCUGCUCUUCCUAUUGACUCGAGGUAUAGAUUUCUUCCCCCGCCCACCACUGCCUUGCCUUCUGCUCGACCCAUGGCACCUCCGUCUGCUAUUCCUGGUCGAUGGGCUGUUCCCACACCCUUUGCUCCCGCUUCUGGAAUAGCUGGCGUGUCUCCUUUCUCCAUGCCCACCGUUCUUCCAUUAGGGAACUCAUGGGGAAAUGCUUUAGAUCCUCUGGCCACACCGAAAGCUGAUAAGGUGGUUCUUUCUCGUUCACGAACUUCAAAACCCACCGUCACUUCUUCAGUAACUAAGAGUGGACAAACUUCUACACAGGGCAGAACACUUUGUGAAUGGCUGAAACCUUAUAAACCAGAUGUAGUUGGUCCUCUUCCCCCGAUUGAGGAAGAUGGUGAUCGAUGGGCUAGUCUGAUGUCUGUCUACUUGAAGACUGUAGUUGAACCGCUAACUGCGCGUCUUGAUGGUCCAAACACAAAGUGGAAAGAUUGUGCAGAAGAGGAGGAUGGAAAUGUGGUUAAAAAAGGUCUGUCACAUGACUUGCCUAUAGGAACAACCGGAAUUUCUCCAAGCACCCAUCUUUAUCGUGCCCUCGAAGAAAGCCGUUGUUUUUUAUUCAAUCCCCAAUGA